AAAGAAAAGUUAUAGAGAAUAUUGUUGGACAUGUUACUUCUUUGCUAGAUGCAACAGAUUUAUUCGUUGCACAGAAUCCUGUGGGAGUACACUCUCAUGUGCAAGAUUUGAUUCAAUUGUUAAAUAAUCAGAAUGAAGAUGGUGUUCUGAUAAUGGCGAUAUGGGGAAUGGCGGGUAUAGGUAAAACAACUAUCGCUAAAGCCCUCUACAACCAAAUUAGCCACAACUUUGAGGUGAAGAAAUUUGUCCCAAACAUCAAGGAUAGAAUAAUGAAAAUUUCAUCAAGAACGUCUAGUUUAGAAGAGGAGCUUCUAUUAUUUUUCCAAGAACGAGUUACAACAAAAACGCAUAACGCUGACUCAACAAGAGAUAAAUGGUGGGGACUUCCUCACAUAAAGGUACUUCUUAUACUUGACGAUGUAAGAAGUGAAAGAGAACUGGAGGUUUUGCCAGUAACUCGUGAAUGCUUUGGUCCAGGGAGUAUAAUAAUCAUCACGACAAGAACUAAACAAGAUCGGCUUCAUGAGAUUGGAGUUAAUCAUAUAUAUAGAGUGAAAGAAAUGGACUACAACGAAUGUGUUGAGCUUUUUAGUUGGAGCGCAUUCAACAAAGCCACUCCUGAAAGAAGUUAUUCUGGUCUUAUUAAUUAUGCAAUUGAAUAUUCUGAUGGACUGCCACUGGCUCUUGUGUGUGUUGGCUCUGCUGUAUCGCCCGGAUAA